AUGGCUCUUUUACAUUCCUUUCUCCUCCUGGCGGCCUUAUUCUCCCUGGACCUGGGUCGCCAUGCCACACUCGCUCAGUACCAGCAGGACUAUACCUUCGUCGAGGCCACGGGCAAGUACUUCUGGCAGCCUAAAAUAAGCGAUGUCCCACAGGAGGUGAUAGACAUUGGCCCGGACUACCUGGUUGUUCUUGUGUACAACUGCGCCUACAUGAGGGACAUCUGCAAGAACAUGGUACAGUUCACGAUCACCUCCAGGGGUCAGAGACUACACCCACGCAGCCCAGAGCUCUCCAGGGACACCUUUGCCUACGACUUCAGCGGCAGGAAGAGAGGGAGCCGGAAUCACGCGCGCGGUCUCGCGAGUUGCCCCGGCUCCUGGAGUAACUCGCACACGUGCCCCGAGCCAGACCAGCGGCUUCCCAUGCGUCACGACGGACAAUGGUACUACCGCGAGCUAGAGCCCGGCGGCACCGUGACCAACCUCAUUAAAAACUACCACACCAGUACUGGGAUCGAGUACUCCAAGAUUCGCUACACCUGCGAUGAAUUCCCUCCCGCUUCCUGGGUCGAGGGUGGGAACGGGGAAGACCACGACCAGCCGGCCAACACCCGAUGCGCUGCCAUGCGCUGCGCUGCAGGAGUCAAGGCGGAGCAGGACUGGCAAGCCACAGCGCAUACCAGACUUCGGGCUGACCUGCAGGAGGUCAUCGCCAAGAAGCUGAAUGUCCAGAACUUCAACGAAAGGACUUCGGUAGCCUUCUUCAAGUUCUUCCCGGACAACAGGGUUGACGGCGUGGCGGCCCGUAUAUGGACGUACAUCGACGUGGGCAAUGCCAAUGCCGUUGAAAAUAUGACCCCCGUCAAGCAGGGCUUCAAGCGGGACGUCAAAGGGUGGAACUCGACCGCCGACCCUCAGGGCCGCACGCUCUGGGACCUCAGCUUCGACGAGCUCCGUGCUCUCAUGGAUGCUGGUCACGGCCACGAGCAACAGAUCUCGGCCAACACGUCGUACGUCGACUGGGACAUGGCGUCCACGACACCCAUCGAGCUGCAGAACAUGGAACCGCGCUUCCGCUGGGACGACGAGGACGAGGAGUAUGAGGACUUCUUCAACGUGACGCGCGCCAAGCAUUACACUGAGCGCGCCCCGGUCCCGGUGAAGAAGGCCGGCGCACCUCAUCCCAACCCGGACCCUGCUCCCCGGAGCGUCCCCGCGCACGUCGUCACGCCACUGCUCAAGCGGGCCAGCUCCUCGGACAUCGAGAACGCGCGCAGCAUCGUCGCCCAGGCCAAGGCCGAGGCGGCCAGGCUCAACGGCGCGCGCUUUGCUAGGCCCCUCCGCAACGUGUAUGGUCUUGCCCCGGGCGCCAGGGACACCAAGACACUGGCAACCGGCAACUCUUCCAUCAACGCCGGCGUCACGCCGCUGCUGCGGAUCACUCCCGAGAUCGCCAAGGCGGCGGCGCUCGUGGCCGAGGCCAACAGCGUCGCCAAACACAAAAACGUUACCAAGCGCGCCGCAGCCGCCGCGGGCACGUACUGGAUGCAGGGCCUGGCCCGGAAGGGCACGGUUCCGUGGGGCAACAACGCGUCGUACGUCGUGUUCCGCAACGUGCUCGACUACGGCGCCGUGGGCGACGGCGUGACGGACGACACCAAGGCCAUCAACCAUGCCAUGAAGGACGGCGGGCGCUGCGGCGAGAAGUGCAACGGCUCCACCACCAAGAACGCCAUCGUGUACUUUCCGCCGGGCAAGUACCUCAUCUCCAGCACGGUGCCCAUGCCCUUCGGCACGCAGGUCAUCGGCGACGCCAACAACCGCCCUACGCUGGUGGCCUCGGCCGACUUUGUCGGCUUGGGUGUCCUGUCCACGGACGAGUACACUGGCGGCCAGGGGGGCCGUGAGGAGUACUACAUCAACACGGCCAACUUCUACCGCCAGAUCCGCAACAUCGCCAUCGACAUCACAGGCGCCGGCGCUAACAUCUCGUGCCUGCACUACCAGGUCGCACAGGCCACCAGCCUGCAGAACGUGGAGCUGAUCGCCUCGACUGACGCAGCCACCAAUCAGAUCGGUAUGUACGCCGAGAAUGGCUCCGGCGGCCAGAUCUCGGAUGUGACCUUUACGGGCGGCAAGGUCGGCCUCUAUGGAGGAUCUCAACAGUUCACAGCUCAGCGCCUGACCUUUAAAGGCUGUGGCAUCGGCGUGCACGUCAUCUGGGACUGGGGCUGGGUCUGGAAGAGCGUGACCAUGACGAACGUUGGCAUCGGCUUCAAGCUGAUCUCGGACGACGGCUCCGGCAAUAUCGGCUCCGUCAGCGUGCUGGACUCGUCCUUCACCGGCGUGGCCACCGCCGCGCUGCAAAUCGCCCCGCCAAACAAGGCCCCCGGCACGGGGAGCACCGGCGUGAUCCUCGAGAACGUCAAGCUGUCCGGCGUCGCUGCUGCCGUGAAGGACACCGCCGGCAAGGUCUGGCUUGAUGGCUCCCAGGGUACCGUCACCGAGUGGACGCUCGGCCCGACGUACGAGGGCACCACCACCGCGCGCACGUACACCGAGGGCGGCAAGGUCGGCGACUACCGCCGGCACUCGACCCUGCUUGACGCCGAUGGCGCGUACUUUGAGCGUGCCAAGCCGCAGUACGAGGACAAGGCCGUCGGCGACUUUGUGCACAUCAAGGACAUGGGCGCUACCGGCGAUGGCUCUACCGAUGACACGGCUGCGUUCCAGGCCGCGCUGUAUGCCAGCCAGGGCAAGAUCCUCUUUAUCGAUGCCGGCUCGUACAUCCUCACCUCCACUGUCGUGAUCCCCCCGGGCACCAAAAUCGUCGGCGAGACGUGGUCGCAGCUGGUGGCUUCCGGCUCCUACUUCGAGGACGCAAGCCACCCCAAGGUGCUUAUCCAGGUCGGCAGCGUCGGCAGCGUCGGCGACGUAGAGAUCCAAGACAUCCUGUUUACGACCCGCGGCGCCACGGCCGGCCUGAUCCUGAUCGAGUGGAACAUCCAGGCGGCCUCGAAGGGGUCGGCCGGCAUGUGGGACUGCCACGCCCGUAUCGGAGGCGCCACCGGCUCCCAGCUGACGCCUACCGAGUGCCCACCCUCGACCUCCGGGACGGACGCUGGCUGCAGCGCUGCUUCGCUGAUGAUGCGCCUCACUUCGCAGGCGUCCGGGUACUUUGAGAACGUGUGGCUUUGGGGUGCCGACCACAUGAUCGACGAUCCUCUUCUUGAUGACCCGACCAAUGAUAUGGAGCAGUGUUCCAUCUAUGUUGCGCGUGGUUUCUUGAUUGAGAGCACGCAUGCUACUUGGCUGUACGCCACGGCAUCCGAGCACUCUGUGUUCUACCAGUACAACUUCCACGGCGCCGCCAACAUCUUUGCCGGCAUGCUGCAGACGGAGUCGCCGUACUUCCAGCCUACGCCGCCGCCUCCCGCGCCUUUCAAGGCGGUGGUCGGCGACUUCCCCGGCGACCCAGACUACACGUGCACGGCCGGCAACGAGUUUAACGGGUGCGAUGAGUCGUGGUCGACCAUCAUCACGGGGUCGCAGGACAUCUUCAUCGCGGCGGCGGGCAUCUACACGUGGUUCUCGACGUACGCGCAGACGUGCAUCGAUGGACAGCAGUGCCAGAAGGUACUGAUGAAGCUCCAGGACAAUUCCGCCAGCGUGCGCAUCGAGAACCUGGUCACCAUCGGCGCAAAGUACAUGGCCGUCAUGGACGGCCAGGGGAUCCUCGCCGCCGACAACAUGAACGGCGAGGCCCACCCCUACUGGUCGCAGGUCACGCUGCUGGACGUCGGCAGCAACGGCACCACCAACUUCAACGAGCUGGUCUGGAUCGACCCCAAGAUCUGGGACAUGGACAAGCCCAGCUUCACGUGCCUCCCGCCCUGCCUGGUCCAGCUGCCGCCCUACACGGCCGUCACGAGCACGGUCAACUACCCGCUGAUGACGGUCAGCGACGGCACGUGGACCAGCACCGUGACCGUGGCGCCCCUGACCAUCUCCGAGUGGGUGCUGGAGGUGGUGACCAUCACGGCCGGCGGCGGCGGCGGCGGCAAGAAGGGCAAGCGGGCGGCGCAGGGCUUCGCCGAGUUCACGCCCGUGGCGGCGUCCACCCCGCAGUGGCCGUCGAUAAGCUACCGAGGCUACGACGGGCAGGCGACGACGACGGCCCCCUCGGUGGCGUUCCCGACGCCGCCCGCGGGCGUGGUGGCGCGCGGCGUGACGCCGUACCAGGGCACGCUGGACUCGCCGACGGUCGACCAGUGCUUCUUCUACAGCACGCAGUGCAUCCCGAACCCGUGGAUGUACUGCGACGUCAACGAGGACCAGUGCGCGGCGGCGGGCGACGACGGCUCCGAGCCGGGCGACGACGACGAGAACCUCGACGACCUGGCCGUGACGUGCCUGGCCGGGAGCGGCGCCGGCGACGCCACCAUCGUGAGCAGCUCCUCGAGCACCACCUCCACCACCACGUCGACGUCGCCGGCCCCGUCGCCCCUGGAGACGGGCAACCCCAACGACAACGAGGUCGACUGCUACAACAGCGGCGAGACCACCGAGGACGCCCGCAUGCUGAGCGGCGGCGCGAGCUUCUGCCACAGCAUCGCCCGCGACCACUUCGGCCCGGGCUACUUCCACCAGAGCUCCUACGACUUCCCGUACAACGGCGGGGUCGGCUUUGUGCGCAUGGUCGUCUCGUUGCAGAUCGCUGACAACUGCGACUGGAAGUUCGACCUCGAUGAGUGCGAGCACUACCUCAGGGUGCCGGCCGACAGCUGCAACUGCGGAGGCGUCGAUGGGAAGCAGGGCGGUGUGGUCUCGAACAAGUGCUACAGUUUCCGUAUCGACCCCAACCGGGCCUUUGCUUAG